CGUCCGUUGCAGAGGCCAAUUAACUCGCCGAUUCUUUCCACAAAUCCAGUAUCAGCUGGAAAGAAAGAGUGGCAAGGUGCAAAUUGUUACCAACCCUGUCAAGACCAGGCCGAAGAGCUCAAGAUAGCGACGGCCCAACACUCGUAUAAUUGGGCCGGACUGGGUUGCGUAAGAGAGUGGCUAGCCUGUGUAUAUAAAGGCCUAACCUUAUGGGAAUCGGUAUCGAAAAACAUUGUACUGAAACCUCUCUAUAAUUCAAAUCCCAUCAUCCUCCUCCUAAUCCUUUGUUCUUUCUAUCCUGAACUCUUCCAUUCUUCCUGUCUCCCUCUCUCGCUCUUGCUCACCAACUGUUCGACAGAAAUCCCAGGAAGAGUUCGUAACAAAUUUGGUAUCAGAGCAGUCGAAUCUGGAUUAUCUAGAGAAGCCACGGUAUCAUUCGCGAGCGCAACUCAAGGCGAACGAGAUGGAGCAGCAACUUGGCGAGCUGAUGACUACGAUGACUUCAAUUCAGAAGCAGAACGAGGCUAUCAUGAUUUCGGUGGAAUCCAUCGAGGAAAUCAAGCCGAUGGUUGUGGAGCUAGCGGGAUGGAAGCCGACGGUAGAGAAGGUGGUGGCGGAAUUGCGGGACGAGGUGGGCGACAUCCGCGCUCAGCUCGAGAAGAUGGUGAAGCAGCCCGCGCCGUCCCCAAAUCAAGUCAAGUCGGAGUCCGUCAAGCCGGAUCCCGUCAAGCCGGAGGAAAUGGCUCCACGUCUUCCGACGCCGCCUGGGGCAAAGCGGCUGCCGAAGAGGACGGUGGAAAACCGACCUUCCACGUCGGCGUUCGGCAAAGGAGCGCCUAGGCAAUUUUGCCACCACGAGGCUUCGAAUCACCGGGGGAAGGCUGUGUGGGGAAACAACUCCCCACGAACUCCCCCGGUCAAGGGUGCGUAUAACUCUACUUCCCCUUUCCAUUCAGUUCCUGAGUCGAGUGGGGGAUGCCGUGGGUUUAGUUUUGGGGGUCAAAUUUCUGCAUCUAGAGUAGAGUGCCCAGAGUUUGCAGGGGAAAAUCCUAAGGCCUGGAAACUGAAGUGUGAGACUUAUUUUGGGCUGUGUGGAACUCCUUCUGAUCACUGGAUUGGUGUGGCGAUACUCCAGUUCUCGGGUACUGCAUUGACUUGGUUGCAGUCGACCCGAGCUCAUGAAGUUAGUGGGAGUUGGGAGGAAUUCGCUGCCUGGGUGUGUGGGAAAUUUGGUAGAGAGGAGUUCCAAAGUUUGAUUCGACAGUUCAAUAGGUUAAGGCAAACUAGCACUGUGUGGGCAUAUGCAGAAAAGUUCAACGAGUUGAUGCAUGGGUUACAUGCGCAUCAUCCCUCGUGGAAUUCGGUUUUCUUUGUUACUCAGUUCAUGGAUGGGUUGAAGGCAGAAGUGAGAUCUGCUGUUGUUUUACAUUGCCCAACCGAUUUGGAUACUGCCGUGGAAUUAGCUUGUUUGCAAGAGGAAGUACUGGAACAGAAUCGCAAGGAGGGGCGUCGCUUUGAGCCGACUGGGGGAGCCCGAGGACCCUUGCACACUGGUGUUGGACCUUUUGUGCCAAAGGGAGAUGAUAAGCUAACUACUGAAGUUUCUGCUACUGAUAAAGUUGCAGCUCUCAGGGCUUUCCAUCGAGCGAAGGGGCUUUGUCACACUUGCGGGGAAAAGUGGAGUCGUGAUCAUCGUUGUGGCCCUACUGUGCAGCUGCAUGUGAUUGAAGAAGUGCUACAGCUUUUUUCUGAUGAGGUUCCUGAGGAAGUGGAGUCAUCUACUAGCCCCCUGCUGAAUCAGAUGAUGGUGAGUUAUUGGCCAUUUCUCGAGAAGCUGUACUUGGUAUUGAGUCUUCUCGUAUGGUGCGUUUGUAAGGAUUGAUCCAACGACAUGAGGUCUUGAUGUUGGUU